CAUCCUUCUACCAUGGACACGUACCAAUUUCCUAAGGCCCAGCUAAGUACAUUUCGAAGAGAAAUCAUCUGGAUUUCUUCGGGCUUUUUCAUUUUCUUGCGUUUUCUUGCUAGCCAAACAAGAGAUGGCCACUGUAGUCCUUCGAUCCCAAGAUUGUCUCAGGGAUCGUUUUCACCCCGAAACCCUAACUUAUUCCCCUCUUCUUAAAUCUCGUCCUAACCCUAACUCUAACCCUAACCCUAAUGGUACGCGGGCUCGUCGACGGAAGCGGAGUCCGCUGGGGUUUCAAGAUAAUGGAAAUGAUCGAGUUCCAGAUCGGUAUGGAUCGAUGGUGGUGAAGUCGCCGGCAAGGAAUCUGGUCAUGGGACAGGUGACGAUAUUGAAGCGUGGCGAGGCGUUGAGUCUACCCAAAAACCGAGGGCUUGGAAAUGACAGGAAGGGGAGGGCGAGGCGCGAGGCUGAUUUGGAUUUGAUGCUGGGCUCGACGGAUCGGCUAGGUCCGGAGCCUGAAAUGGUUCAGAAAGAGAUUAGAGUUUCGGAAUCGAAGGUCGUGGACGGCCUUUAUGCCGGAUCAGCGUUCUUCUCUUCGCCUCCUCCGAGUUCUCUUCCACUCCCUCUUUUUUUCACAAAGAAGGAUGGAUCUCCCAGUAACGACGCGGCCACUAGCGAUCUACGGCGAUUGCUGCGUCUCGAUUUCCUUUGACCUAGGCUCAAAAGAUUAAAAAGUUGUUGAUCGGAUGAUACAGAUCUGGCUUCUGCUCAUGGAUCUUCCUUUAUUUUUUUUCAACAGGAAGACCUUGAGAAAAAAUAAGCAAAUGAAGUGAUCGAAGCAGUGCUUAUGAUGACUUCUUGCUAGCGAAGUGCGGAGAAUUAGACAUGGUAGUGUUUGCUGUAUAUUCCAUUCUAUGUUAGUCUGAUAAUCUUUGAAUUAGUCGAUGAAGCCAUCGACGAAGAUGGUGUGGGUGUGGGUGUGGGGUAUUUCAUUUCGUGGGUAGUUUUAUUUGAAAGAAUCUCUGUUUUUUGCUUUGCAGCGUUGUGUGUAAGCAUCUCUGCUUGAUUCUUCAAUAGUUUGGUAUUGGAAAGUAGUAUUGAUACUGGUUGUUUAGGUUUUUGAACAUUUCCAUAACUUUGUUGUAGCUCUAUAGUCUUGAAUAAAAUUUUAGAUUUUUAGUAUAAAA